UUCGCUGAUUCGCCAUUGAAUGCACUCUGACAAUUCAUUAGAAUAAACGUCUUAACUGUUUUAUACCAUCGUUUCACAGCGCUUGUAUCAAUGCUCUACAUAGGCCCUAUAGUGUCGUUGUAUUACUCAGGAGAAGGAGCCCUAAGUUUUUACUUCAUUUUCAGAUGAGGGUAGUUCCUCUGUCUUGGAUUAGACGGAGGUGUUUCUCAAAAAGUGUUGUAUAUCUAUGCAAUAGCAAAGAAGCUCAGCUGCCUAGUGUCGCUAAACUGCAAAUAAAAGAGUUGGCAAAGUCAGAUUUGCCAAUCGAAAAGCUCUCACUUUCUAGAGGGCUUGCUAUGAACAAAUUUGAAAAGGAUUUUAUGAUCUACCCUGAAUAUACGGAUACUGAUGAUGUCAAAGCAAUACAAGGAUUUACAGAGAUCUUGAGGAAGUCCCUGGAAUUGUCAAUUGACCGCGGGGAGCUUGAAAAGCAUGGUUCAUUGACAGAUUCAGUCAAAGCUGCUCUUCAGGAUAGCGCUGUAUAUUCCGCCUUUAUUCCCUCUGCUUAUGAAGGCCUAGGGCUAGGAUAUAAAGAUAGAAUGAAAAUAUUCGAGGAUCUCAACAUAGAUUGGAAUUUAUAUGCAAAUGUUGCUUCUGUGAAGUCUCUUGUUAACAUAUUACUGUUAUAUGGUUCAGACGAGAUGAAGGAAAAGUAUUUUCCUUCAAUAGCUAGCGGGAAAUGCCGCCCAAUUAUCGCUUUUGUAGAUGACUCCAGUCCAUCUACAAGCGCUGUAAUCAUAGGAGAUAGCCGCACCAAAACCAUUCUCAAAGUUGAAAAUACACGCUGUACAGGAAUGCAUAAUGCCAAUCUUGCGCUACUUUUCGCAAAGUCUAAGGAUGGGUCUUUCUCGUGCUACAUCGUUGAUCGUUCGGACUUGAAAGAGCAAGAUAAAUGGGAGUUCAAAAGAGACGACACCAUUGGACUAAAGGCAUUUGAUGUUGGCACUCUCAAUUUGUUGGCCAUUGUUCAAGAUGAGCAGUUGCUCGGAAAACUAGGACAGGGAACUGAGAUACGAGAUGAGCUAGUUUCUGCUGCUCGGUUACCACUAGCAGCAGCUACCAUCGGUUUUGGAAAACGUUUGCUCCAUGAUCUGGCUUCCUUAUGCAACAAAACACCAAGUACAAGAAGGGAAAACGCUGUGGUAUCUGAUGAAUCUUUGAUGCAGUACACUACCACCCAGUUUGCCCUGAAGCUAUACAUCCUUGAAUCUGCAUCUUAUUAUCUCGCUGGUCUUCUAGAUGAGCGGCUACCAGUUGUUCUAGACAUUGAAAAUGCUUUAAUCCACAAAUUGACGAGGGAUGUUUUGAUUAGUAGCAUAGCUACCUGUGUAAAUUUGGCAGGAAUACAUUCGACCAAUCCCGCUUUACAGUUUGAGAAGAACAUAAGAGACGUUACCACGUUGUUAUCCAUGACUCGCGAUGAAGCCAGCGUUGAAAAUGUUGCUAUAGCCACACUUUCGUCAUGGACCAUAGGCCACAAGAGGAUAGUGAGCUCUUUGAAGCGAUUUUUUGGACAAGAACGGCUGGCAGAUGAAAUGGAUCAUCCUAGACUGACGCACUACAUCGCUGAGCAUGCGCACCCUUCACUUCAAAUGGCCUGUCAAGACUUGGAGUUCUCGAUAUCGCGUGUGAAUAAUGUUAUUACAAAGCUUAUCAAUGAACAAGGAAAGAAUCUUGACAAGGACUAUGCUACUUUAGAUCGCUUAGUGACGGUACUUCAGAACCAUCUAGCUAUGGUUGCAGUGAUUUCUAGGUCGUCAAGAUCGUAUUCUAUAGGACUUCGAAAUAGUGACAUAGAAAUAGCCUGGUCUACUUUCAUAUGCUCAAAGUUGUCGCGAGAAAAUUGGUUCCUGCUCAAAGAACUUGAUGACUACUUUGGACUACUUCGGCUCAAUCCCUCACUAUUGAAUGUCGGAAGAGCCGUGUUUGAUAUGGGUGGAUACCAAAUAGAAUCACCUCUAGAACGAAACUGGUAGAUAGUAGAGAUAAAAUUUUACCAUAUUCUGU